UCAUGUCCAAAGGCCCGCGGUCCACUUUGGGGAUGCUUACCAAAACACUAUUACCAAUAUCUAACUUUUUUUAAUGGUAGCAUCAAUCAUCUUUUCGGUUGCACGCUUAAGUCCUUUGUGUGCUUGGUCUCUCUCUAAAUUUAUAUCCUGUUCAACUUUACACAUAAAACAUACCAAUUUGGAGACAGAACCCUCUUUAACCAACAUUAUUCCGCAUGUUGCAUGUAUAACAUUAUUGCAAGACUCACAUUUGUGCGCUUCAGUGGCACUGUUAUGGCAAACUGCACAGGUGAAGUUUAAUUCUAAAUUUUCAAUAUUUUCUAUCCAUUUAAGCCCGAUUUAGGUUCACUUCCAAAUAAAGCUUUAUAUGGAGAUCUUCCAGUUAUUCUAUGGAAUGAGCUGUUUUUGAAAUAUUGCACAAAAAAACAGCCCACAGACCAGUUUGUUGAUUUGUUUUCAUGCAUCCAUGCUCGCAGCA